AUCAUCCUUACACUCUCCAACGGCUUUUGCUGGGGCUGCACGAGCUGCUGCAGGUGCAGAGCUGUUGGGCUAGCCGCUGCAGUGAAGCCGAGGAGACGAAAAACGCACAUUUCAUGAUGGCGUCUGCAAAUGCCACAUACGGACAGAAGGAGUCCACGGACCAGAACUUUGAUUACAUGUUUAAAAUCCUCAUCAUUGGCAACAGCAGUGUAGGAAAGACUUCGUUCCUUUUCCGCUAUGCAGACGACUCAUUCACACCAGCAUUUGUCAGCACGGUGGGCAUCGACUUCAAGGUUAAGACUAUCUACAGGAAUGACAAGAGGAUAAAGCUGCAGAUCUGGGACACUGCUGGACAGGAGCGCUACAGGACAAUCACCACCGCCUACUACAGGGGAGCCAUGGGCUUCAUCCUCAUGUAUGACAUCACCAAUGAGGAGUCCUUCAAUGCUGUGCAAGACUGGUCGACCCAGAUCAAGACAUACUCAUGGGACAAUGCUCAGGUCCUCUUGGUUGGGAACAAGUGCGACAUGGAGGAUGAACGAGUGGUGGCUGCAGAGAGGGGCCGGCAGCUGUCAGAACAGCUGGGUUUUGAGUACUUUGAAGCGAGUGCUAAAGACAACAUUAACGUAAAGCAGACCUUUGAGCGGCUGGUGGACAUCAUCUGUGAGAGGAUGACAGAGAGUCUGGAUAACAACGACCCGACCGUCAUCGGAGCCAAACAGGGGCCACAGCUCACCGAGCAGCCUCAGAGGUCCCAUCAGGAUUGUGCUUGUUGAACACAUCUACACACACACAAACCCACGCGCACACAUGCCGCCCUACAACUUACACAAACACUGCCACACAUAGACACACAGGAGUUGGCUGCUCUCGUGUUCCCCCCCUCCUCUCUACACCUCUGUCCACGUGAGCCGGCUCUCCCCAAAGAUGUAGUCAUUUCAGAAAUACCAUAUCAACGGUUUUAUACAUUUCAGUUGUAGAGAAAUUAUGUGAUGGUGGCACUUUAGUCAGAGAGGUGGAGAACGUUUAACCAUCCCAAGUAAUUCACAUAAUGAUCACACACACACACAUUAUACUUUACUGGAUUAUAGGAGGCCAGUCAAGGCUCACAUCAUUCCUUAUUGGCGUUUACAUUUGGAUGAACUCUUAAAGGUUGUGAAGGAGUAAUAGGUCUCACUCAUACCAAGCAUUUGCUCUACUUCUAGACCCACUGAAAAUAUGUGUGUUGAUGUGGAUAGAGUUGAUGUUUGUUUUUUUUUAAUGUUUUUGAGUUUGGUCCGCUGUGGUUUUGAGCAUGUGAAAUCCUCUUCCCAGUGUUGUGGAGUUUCAACAAGUAAUUAUGGCCUGAAUUUGACGUUCAAACAGGGUUCUUUUUUUAAUGUAACACAAAAAUAGCAAAAAUCAUGCAUAUCUGCUUACUAGUGAAGUAAUGUAUAAUUAUUUUGGGGUCUUUCUCAUAAAUUUAAAAAUUGGAUGGCAGUUGACACGCCUCAGUAAGGAGCUGCACAGCGUCUGCCUCACUACAUUAUGAUUCUUAGUGUUGUUGUUUUUUUUAUUUUUUACAUUUUUUUAAGGGAUACAUGAAGGUAAAAGGGUAUGAGAUCUAUUUAACUACACAAGGAGUGUAUAAAAGUCCAUAGAUGUGCAUUUUAAAAUGCAUAUAUAAUAUAUAUAUAUAUACAUAUAAAGUUAACAUAUGAGAUAAAAAGAUUUGGGGUAUUGGAUUCCUGCCUGUGCUUUAGUGGGAGGUGCAUGUUGUCGAUGUUUUUCUGGUUGACUGGUUGGUUAUUUGUAUGAGCUGCGGUCUGAGUUUAAAGCCCGUCUGUCCAACGGUUUCAGUACUUGGAGGUGCCGAACGGGGUUAAAGAUUUCAGAUGUUAAGCCCAUGGCCCCUUCACAUUGUAUUAACUUUCAUUCACUGCAUACAACGUGCAACAUGCACUCACUAGAAAGGCAUGUGAUUCAGUGUGAGCACUGGUGCAGCACAGACCCGCCAUCCCCAUCAUCUUCCAGAUGGUCUCUCGUGUCUUGUGGAUGAUGUUUGCGUCCUUCUUUUUUGGAACAGUUAAGACAUUUUCGAGCAUGUUAAUGGUUAAAAUUGUGAGUCUUAUUUCUCUCUGAUGCUAAGCUGAGGGACAUGUCUGCUCGUGUUGUCGGUACCAACCUUCUCUAAGUCAUGCAUUCACAAAUGCGCUGAGGCAUGAAAAAAUUGUCUCGCCUCCUCAGUUAUUUAUUUUGUAUUAUUUAUAAGUUAAUUUAUUUUUAAGAUAGUGUUUUUCCUAGCUUAUGCGUUGCAUUCUGCACUCAACUUUUUAAAGAGAUGUUCACUAGUAUUCGAUCACUCAAACCACCCCCCGACUUUUAAAUGAAAGCGUUGUGUGUUUACAGUGUACAAAGUUUAAGAGGCUUCCUCGAAGGGAAAAUGAAACAUUCCAGUGUAAGAACCUCUUAUCGUGUCCACAUGGUUUUAGUGUUUGUCUUUUGAUAUCGGUUAUGUAACUUUCUUAGUAGUAGUAAAGGUAGACUCUUCUCAGAUCUUUCUCUCAAAACUCAAAUACUAGUAACACACAACCCUGCUGAAGGUGUACACAUACUGUACUUGGGUGUGUGUGAAUGUCCAGUUUGUGUAAAGAGAGUCUGAACAGAGACGAAAAAUUUAGAUCCAAGAAAAGCACUUGUUAGAAAUCUGUGUAGUUGUUGUUUUCCACUAGGUGAAAAAAAUAAAGGUAAAAACUGAAUACUCUGAACACUUCAUUAAAAGGUGAAUAUUUCCACAUUUGUUCAUGUUUGUUGAUUUUUGUUACUUUUGUUUAAUGUGUUUUGCUACAGCUGUAACCUUGCCGAUGAUCUAGGAACACAUUUCAACCCUCUCCUCUUCCCCCCCUGUCAUAAAUAACCUUUGUAAAUAGAAACUUUUUGCCUGUCAGGCAUUAGUUGUGUGAAUUGUGCUGUAAUUGUGUAAUGCCAGGUUUACCAAAAUGAGGAAUCAAUAAACUAAUUCUGAAAGCUA